UUUCCAGAGUUUCCUUUUCACCAACACUGCUCUAAAACUGACAUACUUAACAUAUAGAUGGUAAAGAUAGCGGGGAGAUAGAGACUUUGAUAUUUGACAAAAGGGAGCAAACAAAUACCACACCACCUACUGCAAUGGUCCAGCCGCACCAUCUGAGUCCCCAACGCCAUCUUCCUCCUCUGGUUCUCUCUGUCUCUACUUCUUAGUUUCCCAAAUGCGUUACACUCUUUAAAGAAUCCCCAACUUUGUAAGUUUUUUCACCCGUUCUGUCACAAAUCCAUGAUAUUUCUCCUUCCAAAAUGGCAACUUUAGAGGGGCACCAUGUCGACGCAGGCAGCGAAAGUCGCUGCCAUUAUCUCCAUUCUGCUACAGGGAGCAGUGGCGUGUCACUUUCCGGCGACUCCGAUGACCAGUCGUGGCACUCGCCGUUGGAGAUUGAAGGGGUGUCGGAAUCUCAGAGGGAUUCAUCUGAAUCUGAUUGCUUGUGUGAGAAGGACUUGGAGAGUGGGGUUCUGGAGGUGAAGGUGCAUCUGGGUAAAGUGGAGAGAGAUUGUAGGAUUUGCCAUUUGGGUUUGGAGGAUGAUAUAGAGGCUGGGGUGCCAAUUGAGUUGGGUUGUGCUUGUAAAGGUGAUUUGGGUGCUGCCCACAAGCAAUGUGCUGAGACGUGGUUCAAGAUCAAGGGAAAUGUAACCUGCGAGAUUUGUGGUGCCACUGCACUCAACGUUGCCGGUGAGCAGAGAAACGACGCAAACAAUGCUACUGCUGCAGCUGCCUCCGCAGCAUUUGCAGCACCCGUGAUACUAGUUGAGACUCGGACCAUCUGGCAUGGCCGCCGCAUAAUGAAUUUCCUAUUGGCCUGCAUGGUCCUUGGCUUUGUCAUUUCUUGGCUUUUUCACUUUAAAAUACUAACAUGAGUUCCUGUAUGGAUACCGGUCCUCACCUCCGCUCAAGCCUACUUGUCCCCUACUCAGUUAGAAUUAGUCUUGAACAGGUGUGUGAUGUAUGAUUACAGAAGCUUCUGUGUGCCAUUAAAUUACACGUCUUGGAAUUUUUGAAUUAUGUAGCAGUCUGGAUCUUUUUAUUAAGAGUAAUGCUAGAUAUAGUCGCUUUUCACAA